AACAUCAAUGAAUGUAUAUGGCUGAGGUAUCUUAAAAAAUUUUGUGGUCAUUGAUGGCGACUCAACUGAUCGGUUUACACCUCUACACUCUCAUCAUUCACCAAUCUUAGGAUACUUCAUAAAACUUAAAACCGGAAGUCUCCGAUAUUUUUUCUUCGUAUAAAUGAAAUAUGCAUAAAUUACAUUUUAUUAUUUUUAUUUUAGAUUUACAAACAAUUAAUAUAACAUUACGUAUUCUUUAUCGACCAAGAGCUGAACUUUUACCAAAACUUUUUUGCAAAUUUGGUUUUAAAAUCUGUUGUACUAAGUCUCAAUUUGAUCCUAUUGAAUUGAUUACACAACGCACACUUAUUUCGCAACGUAAUAAUGAAUUAUUAACAGAACGUGCUGCUCAAUUUGGUUUAUUACUUGAUGAUAUUUCAAUUAUAAAAUACGAUAAAAAAGAGUCUCGAACACAUUUAAGUUUUAGACCUGAAUUCACAAGUGCUGUUGAAUUAAAACAAGGUGCACAACAAGAUGUUGGAAAACAACGGUUUUUAGUUGAAAAAACUGAGCAAAGUCGUCAAGCAAAUGUUAUUGCAGUAGAAGGUGAUGCUGAUACAGCUUAUUUGAUUGGCAAAGUUUUAGAUGAAGCUGGUGAUGAUUUAAUCGAACUUCGACGAAUUGAAGCCACUGAAGAUAUUGCAAAUCAAUUAUCAAAAUCAAGAAAUAGCGUCUAUUUACCACAUGGUCCUCAAAUAUGA